GAUUUCAGGAUUAGCGCCAAACUGGAAAAUUUUACUUCUUUCGAGGUUUUUUGUUGGACUUUCCAUCGGCGGCACAAUUGUUGGGGUAUGCACAUAUGUAAUGGAAAUGCUUCUGCCGGAGCAACGGAUGGCUCUGAGAGCUUUCUUCAACUGGGGUGUUGCGAGACUUAUGCUGACCGUUAUAUGCUAUUUGCUACCGGAAUGGCGCAUUGCUAGCUUCGGAAAUGCUAUUGCUGCACUGCCAGCACUUCUCAUUGUGCUAUUCAUUUUUCCGGAAAGCCCGACGUGGCUUCACAGUAAGGUAAGAGUGUUUAACACACAAACUCAAUUGUUUCAGGUGUUAUUGGUAAUUUAUGAUACACUAAAUAAAGCAUUCAAUCGGCGCAAAUUGCAUCAGUACGCGCAGGGAGCCGUUUGUAUUUGCUUUCUCACUCUUACACUUCUCGUAUCCCUUCAUUAUCAGGGUGUAGCAAUUCUAGUUAUAAACCUAAUUGGCACGGUUUUUAUCGAAUAUACCUGGGAUGCAUGCUAUCUGUGUGCUGUUGAGUCAAUGCCCACAACGAUGCGGGCUUCCUCGCUUGGCUCAUGCUCGCUUAUUGCCAGAAUUGGUGCCUUGCUCUCGCCAACUGUAAGUUGA